UGUACUGUAAUACUGUUUUAUAAACCGAAACUAGAUUUUUAUUGUAGAGACAGCUAUAGAUCAAUUAAAAUGGUCAGCUAACACUCAGUCAUAUUUUAUCAGAGAAUUGAAUUAAAUUCGUUUGUUUAUUUGAGAUGAGUGACAAGCGAGGAUGAGUGACAAAGUUGAUAUAAAACAUGACAAGCUGUUUGUCGCAGCUAUAGACUUUGGGACAACCUAUUCUGGAUAUGCCGUUUGCACUCGGGAUGAAUAUACCAAAAAUACAAACAAUCCAAAAAUGAAAGUUCGAGAAUGGAAUGAAGGAUCCUAUAUAACAGAUAAAGCCCCAACAUGUGUUCUGUUUAAUCCAGAUAAAGAAUUAGACAGUUUUGGGUAUGACGCAAUGACUAAAUUUCGGACAAACCCAAACAGUAUGGAUUUCAGGAAAUGGUACUACUUUGAACAUUUCAAAAUGAUGCUAUUCAAAGAAAAGGACAUGUUGACUAAGGAAACUAUGCUGGAAGAAUCACUGGAGGUCAAAAACCCAGAAAUGAAGAAGAAAAUGAAAGCAGUUGAUGUUUUUGCUGCUGUCAUAAAAUAUUUCAAAAAAGAUCUCGUGCAGUCUAAAAACCAACAAGGAACCGUGUUUACAGACGCCGAUAUACAGUGGGUGAUUACAGUUCCCGCCAUCUGGGAUCUUAAAGCGAAACAGUUUAUGCGUGAUGCAGCAGAACAGGCUGGUAUAUUACGUGAUAAUUUGACCUUAGCAUUGGAACCAGAAGCUGCCUCAUUGUACUGUCGUAAAGUACCGGUCAGUAUUAAAGAGGAGGAUGAUGGCGGUAAAGUUAUUGCAGCAAUGGAUGUUGGGUCAAAAUAUGUUGUCCUUGAUCAAGGCGGAGGAACAACUGAUAUAGCAGUACACGAGGUUACUGGGAGGAAUACAUUAAAAGAAAUUCAUCAAGCGUGCGGGGGACACUGGGGUGGAAUCACAGUCAAUGGCGAGUUUUACAACUUUUUGAUAAGACUUCUUGGUGGGGACGUUAUUAAUGAAGUAAAGAAUAAUAAUCCUUCCGAUUAUUACCAAUUACUUUAUAAUUUUGAGCACACAAAGACCUCUUUUACUGAUGAACACUCGAAACAUCCAAAUGACAAGCAAACUUUGCGAGUACCAUAUUCAUGGUUGCAGCAUUUCAAAAUCAUUACAGACUGCGAGCUAGAAGAAACUGUCAAACAAAGCACGUAUAAAGGGAAAAUAACAAUAAGUAGGGAUAAACUGAGGAUAAAAAAUGAACUUUUCAGAACAUUUUUUGAUUAUUCUCUUCAACACAUUGUUGAAAAAAUGGAAGAAUUACUAAAGAAAAAACAACUGGAAGGAGUUGAGACAAUCUUAAUUGUUGGUGGCCAUUCCAACUCUACAGUUCUUACAAAUGCAAUCUACAAAAAUUUUGGAAACAAGUACGGUAUUGUUAUUCCGAAAAAUCCUGAUAUCGCAGUGAUGAAAGGCGCAGUUUUAUUUGGAUUCAAUCCAGAAAUGAUAACAAGUCGAGUUUCACAAUAUACUUACGGUAUAGCCAUGCAACGACCUUUCACCCCCGGCGUCGACCCCGAAUCCAAGAAAAAAUAUUUGAUAAAUGGUCUUGUCGACAAUGUGUUUGAUAAACAUGUUGAAGUUGGUCAAGUCGUUAAUAUUGGAGAAUUUUUACCGGAACAUGAUUAUGUUCCAGCUGGUAGAGAGUAUAAAGGAGUUCAUUUUGAGUUCUAUGCAACCCAAAAGAAGAAUCCUAAAUAUGUGACCGACGACGGAUGUAGUUGUAUUGGGGUGCUUUACUUUGAGUUGACCGAUAUUUCAAAAAGAAAAGACAUGACACUAAAACUAAAUGUGAGUGGAACGGAAAUUGUUGCGAUCAUAACCGAAAAAUCAACGGGAAAACAAAGUAACGGAUAUUUCAGUCUACUCGAUUAGUUUUAUCUGGCAUGCAGACAAUGUGAUAAACGUGAUACAAUCAUACAAUAUUAACUUUACCUUUUAAUACCCUUUUUAGGUCUUUAUUAUUUAUAACCCUUUUCGCUCUCAAGUGUUCAUCUAAUACAUUAUCUUGCAGAAUGAAUCUGAAUAAAUCUAUAAACAUAA